CAGUGUUUUCAUCGUCUUCUUCUCCCUUGCUCCGUCACUGUAAACCAGAGAAAAGGCAAAGCAGAAAUGGGGGGAAAGAGAAAGAAGAGCGAAAGCCAAAAAUUAAUCGAAGGAGGGAAAGACAAUGAUAAGAAUAAAGAAGGCAGCAAUAAGAAGAAGAGGGAGAUACUCCCAUCCAUGAUAAAAAACAAAGAGAAGAGAUCAUCAGUACACGCCAAGCUCAAGCACGAGAAGAAGCUCGAGAAACGCAAGAAACUCAAGGCCCGUGAUGCCGCCGAGAAACUAGCUCUCGAGCUCGGUGAGGAGCCUCCGCCAAGGAUGGUCCCUCGCACUAUUGAAAAUACACGGGAGCCCGAUGAAACCGUAUGCAGGCCCGAUGAUGAUGAGCUUUUUGCUGGUAAUGAUGCAGACGAGUUUAGUUCUGUACUGAAGCAUGAUCGUACUCCAAAGAUAUUGAUCACAACAUGCCGUUUCAACUCUACCAGAGGACCAGCUUUUAUAUCAGAACUACUUACAGUCAUCCCAAAUGCACACUAUUUCAAGAGAGGAACCUAUGACUUGAAGAAGAUUGUAGAAUAUGCUAACAACAAGGACUUCACUUCUAUUAUAGUUGUUCACACCAAUCGCAGGGAUCCAGAUGCUCUUCUAGUCAUUGGCUUGCCUGAUGGACCUACUGCCCAUUUCAAGCUUUCAAAGCUUGUUUUGCGCAAAGAAAUCAAGAAUCAUGGAAAUCCUACUGGUCACUUGCCUGAGCUGGUAUUAAAUAACUUCACUACACGCCUAGGUCACCGCGUUGGGAGAUUGAUACAGUCGCUUUUUCCACAAGAUCCUGAAUUUCGUGGUCGGCGAGUUGUAACCUUUCAUAAUCAACGAGACUUCAUAUUCUUCCGGCAUCAUCGGUACAUCUUUGAAACCAAAGAAAGCAAAGAAAGUGAUUCAAAAGGUAAAAAAGCAAAGGAAGACUCUAAAAGUAAAAAAGCAAAAGAUGCUAAGGGUGAGAAAAUCACUAAAGAGAAAGUAAUAGCUCGCCUUCAGGAGUGUGGUCCCCGAUUCACACUGAAGUUGAUCAGUCUGCAGCAUGGAACAUUUGAUACCAAAGGUGGAGAAUUUGAGUGGGUUCAUAAGCCGGAGAUGGACACUAGCCGAAGGAGGUUUUUCUUGUAACAUAUAUGGAUUCUUUAAUAUCUUCGCCUUAAAAUUGAAGCAUUUCUGGUGGAGGGUUCUUAUAUGCAACAACCGACGCUGAGAUUUGUACCAAUUGUCUGCUUCAAUGUGGUGGAUACCUCUUAUUUCACGAAUUACGUCAUGAGCUUUGAUGAACAGAUAUAUGAUAUAUCAUUUUUUUCGAAUUAUGUAUCCAGUAUGGGAUAAAAAUGAUUGUAAUUCAAUUAUAAGCAAUAAUUAUAUUAAUCAACAUAUUUUUC